UUCCCGCGCUCUCGAGAAAAUGAAAAUCUGUCGCUCUUUCUCUCUCUAACUUUCUCAAGAAAAUCUGGCAUUAUGCGGAUCAGGGAAAUUCCUCGAAGAAGAUUGCGUAUCCGUCGUCCCACUAAUUGGAUCCAUACAAGCUUAUUCUUUUUGGCUGUAAUCUACUUCCUUGGUCUCUGCUUAUUCGCCAUAUCCUAUAUUUGGCUACCUCAAUUUCGUACCAUUUUGUGGCGCUAUCCCAAUCAAAUUCGAUAUCCCGAUAUUAUUUUCCCCAAAAUCUUCAGGUCUGCGGCGGGACUCGAUCCACAUCAAGUCCCAGAUUCCGAUAUUAUUGCCCCCGAAAUCUUCAGGUAUGCGGAGGGAUUUGAGCGGAACUAUGAGGAGAUGGAGAGGAAAUUGAAGGUGUAUGUGUACAGUGAAGAUGAUGAAUACCCUGAUUUCUAUUUCUAUCCGCCGCGUCUUCUAUUUGGAAGAUAUUCCAGUGAAAGUUUCUUCUUUAAGAAUAUCAAGGAGACUCGGCUUAGGACUCUUAAUUUUGAUGAGGCUAAUCUCUUUUUUAUUCCCAUUUCUUGUCUCAAAAUGGUAGAGAGGGCAUUUUCUGUUACAAGAAUGGCUACUAUCAUCGAGAAUUACAUUCAGAGAUUAAUCUUUAACUACCCCUUCUGGAACAGAACUUCUGGUGCUGAUCACUUUUUUGUGGCAUGUCAUGAGAAAUGUGUAAGAGCUAGUAAAGAAGUAUCUCUUCUCAUGGACAACCCGAUUCGAGUUUUGUGUUCACCAUAUGAGGAUGCUGGAUAUAUUCCUGCUAAAGAUGUCUCACUCCCCCAAGUUAUGGAGCCAUUUCAUUGUGAAGAUGGUAGGAAUCAUGACUCAGAGAACAGGACAAUAUUUGGUAUAUGGGGAGGACCUAUAAAUUCUUAUAUGCGACAAAAAAUGAAAGAACUUUUAGUUUUGGGGAUGGACCCAGAAAUUGACCUGGAGCCAAUUCCCGAUCGAGAGGAUUUCGCUAGGUCUAAGUAUUGCAUCUGUCACGGUAUAACCCUAAUUGGUACCUGCAUAGCAGACUCAAUCUACUGUGGAUGUGUUCCUGUUAUUUUCUCUAGCUACUCAGAGUUGCCAUUCAAUGAUGUUCUUGACUGGGACAAAUUUUCCGUAGUGAUUCUCAACGAGCAUGAAGUUUACGCCAUGAAGGAAAGACUAGUAUUGCUCACGGACACACAGUAUAUCUCACUGCAGGAAGGAACAGAUAAGGUUCAGAAGCACUUCCAGUGGAAUUCACCUCCAAAGAGAUAUGAUGCAUUUCACAUGGUGAUGUAUGAUAUCUGGCUGCGUGUAAUGUCGAAACUAGGAGUUGCCAGAAUGUGAUCCCUCUGCUGCUUAUUUCUUCACACCUGAGCAGCAUCCAUCUCUGUACAGAUUGAAAAGCAGAUGACAGAUUGUGCAGCAUACAAGUAGAAUUGUCAUACUUUUACUAGGAAUAAUACACUCUACUCAAUGCAAGUUGUACCAAUUCUUUUUGAGUUUCAACAUGAUUUUUUGAGAGUUUUAAAGAAGCUUAAGGGAAC